CCAUCCCUCGCCUCUCUUUUCUCCGCUCAGGCUUUCCAGCGCCGUGGAUAGAUAGAGGCUCUGCAGUCACGUGGGGAGAGAGAGAGAGAGAGAGAGAGAGAGAGAGAGAGAGGAGAAGAGAGAGAGAGAGAGACCUCCUCCGCAGUUUGCAGUGUGUUAUGUCUCAGACUCGGAGGUAAAGAGUCGGAGCUGCUCGUCUGGCGGAUCUCAACCUCUGAAACAAACCCCCGGUGUCUUCUCUGGUCCAUCCCCGUAUCCCUCCUCACUCACCCGGGUUUUGUUUCUGUUUCUCUCCGGAGCCCUGGAAGCAUCUAUUUAUUUCUUUUUUUGUACACCCUCCUUCUUCCUCUCGACUCCGGCCAACAGUUUGGUCUUUGGGAUUUGCUUUUUUAUUACUGUUCGGUGGUGAUUUCACUCAGCACAGCUCCCUGCCGCUGCUGCCGCUUUUACGCACCGACGCUGAUUUUGGAUUUGCUAUAUCACUGGAGAAAAUCACCAAAAUCCGUUUCAAAUCCGAGGUGGAUCCGUGGAUGCGCCUUUUUGGCUCAAACUGGAGAUGGAAAUGCUGAUAUUGUUAUUUCAAUCCCUGUGGAUAUUGCAAUGCAACACAGUGAGCGCCGACUCCAUCAUUCACAUUGGUGCGAUAUUUGAGGAGAACGCCGUGAGGGACGAUGAGGUCUUCCAGCUCGCCGUGUCCGACCUCAGUCUGAGCGACGACGUCCUGCAGAGCGAGAAGAUCACUCACUCCAUCAAACUCAUCGAGCCCAACAACCCGUUCCAGGCGGUGCAGGAAGCCUGCGAGCUGAUGAACCAGGGCAUCCUGGCGCUGGUCACCUCCACCGGCUGCGCCUCCGCCAGCGCGCUGCAGUCCCUGACGGACGCCAUGCACAUCCCCCACCUGUACAUCCAGAGGAACAGCGAGGGGUCGCCGCGCACCGCCUGCCACCUGAACCCGAGCCCGGGGGGGCAGCGCUACACCCUGGCCGCGCGGCCGCCGGUGCGCCUCAACGACGUCAUGCUCACCCUGGUGGAGGAGCUGCGCUGGCAGAAGUUCAUCGUCUUCUACGACACCGAGUACG